AUGAAGCUGGUCAUUGAUCUUCUUGUCAGUGAAAACCAAUCGGCAUUCAUCCCGAGCAGAAGCAUUAAUGACAAUAUCCUCCUUUGCAACGAGAUUGUGAGAGGCUUUGAUAUAAAAUCACAUGGCCCGGCUACCCUUUUGAAGAUUGAUAUCCACAAAGCCUUCGAUUCACUUAGAUGGGAUUUCAUUAUUUCAGUAAUGGCCAAGAUGGGAUUUCCCUAUGUGUUUGUCAAUUGGAUUCAUCAUUGUAUCUCUACUCCCCGCUUCUCUGUGCUGGUGAAUGGUAGCCCAGCAACAAACACUACAUCCUUGGAGGUUAUUAUGCAUAGCUUACAGCUCUUUGAAUCUGUGUCUGGGCUCUGUGUCAACUCGAGGAAGUCUCUCAUCUUCCUUUCUGGUGUUUCCGAGCCUGUUAAGGCUUCCUUACUGGCACUGAUUGGAUUCUCCCUUGUUCAUCUGCCGGUUAAGUACUUGGGCCUUACUUUGAUUCCAACCAGAUUGUCAGCUCACCACUACACUCCUAUGCUUGAUCUCAUCAGGAAGAGGCUUCAAUUAUGGAAGGGCAAACUUCUAUCCUUUGCGGGGCGUCUGGAGCUCAUUAGAUAUGUUCUUCAAGCUUUCUUCAUUUAUUGGUCAAGGAUCUAUGGCUGCCCUUGGCUACCAUUGCCAAGAUUGAAUCUAUCUUUGCCGCUUUCCUUUGGAAAGGUUCCAAAAGCUCCAGAUUCCUUCGCCCUCUAA